AUGGCUAUAGGCACUUACUUGACGUCAAUAUGCCUACUGUCACUGUUCGGCAAUGUAAUUUAUUUAGCUUCGAAAUUUAAACAGAGAAAACAGCUAAAGAUACCAGACUAUUUAUUAGCUAACAUCGCCAUUGCUGAUAUUGGCGCCGUUACUACUAGUUAUAUGUUAGCGGCAAUUUCAUCUUUUAGUACUAAGUGGCGUUUUGGUUCAAUUGGAUGUACUUUGACUGGAUUUUCUGGUUGGUUCUUCAACUGUGUCAGUAUGAUAACGUUGGCUGUCGUGGCAAUCGUGCGACGUUUACUUGUUGUAAAUAACCAUGGGGUCGGUGCUCGAGCCGCUUUUUCCAGCAUGUACACUUUCCCACUUGGUAGUAUUAUAGAACAUCAUGGGCUAUCAUAUCAUCUCUAUGCUGAUGAUACCCAGUUAUACAUAUCAUUUCAACCAAACUCAGUAUAUGAUCGUGACAUAGCUAUGACUAAUCUUAAGAAUUGUGUCAGUGAACUGAAAGAUUGA